AUGGAUCACCCUCGCGGCAUCAAGCGCAAACGACCUGAGGUCAGCCCCGAAACCAAAUUUGGCACGAAACUGUUUCACACAAUCAAAGAGGUCCAACAAACGGCCAAGAAAGCACGAAGCUUUGAAACCCAGCGCGUCGUCAAGAAGAUCAACCGUCUCAAGAAUGCGGCAGACGACGAUGCGCGUAGUAACCUAUCGGCCGAGUUAACAGAGCUCAAAGCUGUGGACACACCAGCAUUCGCUUCUGCCACCCUCCGAGCUCGACUACUCAAGGACUCCCACAUUUGCUCCAAUGACGCCGUCCGCAUAGCAAUAGAGUCUCAAUUGCCUAUUUCCUCAGCUAUAUCCAGAUCUUUAGAAGCAGAGAGGGUUCGAAAUCGAAUUGCAAGCAAUCGAACCUUUGCCAAAGUGCUGGGUGAUGCUGUCUCAAGUUUGCGUGCUAUAUUGGUGCCUCCAACGGAAACGGAGUCACAGGACCUGAGCAAAGCGCCCAACAAUGAAGAUGAACAAGACGAUGAACAAGAAGAGAGCACAGAACGAAGUGACGUUGAAGAUGACACUGACCGUGGUACAGAAUCGGCUAUUGGAGAGGAAGAACAAGAGGAGCAGGCAGAUGAUGGUUGGGAAUCGGGCAGCGUCCAUUCUGACGGAGACUCUGACGAGGAGGACUUGGAUAAUGCUCCGCCGCCAUCCAAAAAAGCAAAACCUGCUGUCUCAAGCAAGGCCAAAACGCCGUCAGCACCGACACAGUCACAAUUUCUCCCUUCACUAGCUGUGGGCUACAUCCCCGGCUCAGACUCCGAUGGUGACGAUAUUGAUGAAAUUGAUACUGGCCGCAAGAAUCGACGCGGUCAACGAGCCAGGCGAGCAAUCUGGGAGAAAAAAUACGGGAGGGGAGCUAAUCAUAAGAAGAAGGAAGCGGCAGAGGCGCAGGCGAAAAUGCAAAAGAAAGCAAAUCGGAUGAUGAAGUCGUCGAGGGACAAUGGCAGACUCAGCUCAAAACCAUGGCAAAAGCAACAACCUCCUCACUACAAUCAUCCUCCUCAUCAUCCUCCGGCCACAGUAACAAAACCAGCACCACAAACACCAGCCGCGGGUUUACACCCUUCUUGGGCAGCGAAGCGGGCGUUGAAGGAAAAGGGGGCUACAGGGAUCGUACCCAGUCAGGGCAAGAAGAUUGUUUUCGACUAG